CACACACACACAAAAACACCCCUCCCCCUGCUGUGAGUCUGUAAUCCUCUCUCUCUCUCUCUCUCUCUCUCUCUCUCUCUCUCUCUCUCUCUGCGGUCAUCAUGGCGGAAAUAAAAACGGGAAUUUUCGCUAAAAACGUCCAGAAAAGACUGAACCGCGCGCAGGAGAAGGUGCUGCAGAAACUGGGAAAAGCAGACGAGACCAAAGAUGAACAGUUUGAACAAGUGGUCGUCAACUUCAGGAGGCAGGAGUCUGAAGGCGCUCGGCUGCAGAGGGAGAUGAAAGCCUACAUGGCUGCCAUCAAAGGGAUGCAGCAGGCCUCCAUCAACCUGACUCAGUCUCUGCACGAAGUCUACGAACCUGACUGGCACGGGAAAGAUGAUGUCAUGGUCAUUGGGAAGGACUGUGAUGCAAUGUGGGAGGACUUCCAUAACAAACUGGUGGACUCAACGCUGCUAAACCUGGACGAGUACCUGCUCCAGUUUCCAGACCUCAAAACUCGUGUGGCCAAAAGAAGUCGGAAACUCAUUGACUACGACAGCGCUCGCCAUCACAUGGAAACUCUGCAGGUGGCAGGGAUGAAGAAUGACCGAAAGGUGAUGAAGGCAGAAGAAGAGUUGAAAAAGGCUCAAAAAGUGUUUGAUGAAUUGAACGUUGGCCUGCAAGAUGAACUGCCGACUCUGUGGGACAGCCGGGUCGGCUUCUACAUCAGCACCUAUAAGAGCAUAACCAAACUGGAGGCCAAGUUUCACCGCGAGAUCUCUCUGGUCUGCAGACAGCUCUAUGAAGUGAUGACCAAACUGGCUGAGCAGCACUCGGACAAAAUGUUCACCAUCCAAGGAGCUCCGAGUGAUUCCGGCCCGCUGCGACUCGCCCGAACCCCCUCACCUCCAGAUUCUGAGAGUCCACCUGACAGUCCCGACGCCAGCUCCAACCACAUGCUCCGCCCUGUCUCACCUGGACCGCCACGCCCCAAAUCCCCGAUACAGCUUAAAAAGGGGCCACCGGUGCCCCCCCCACCGAAGGCCACACCUACCAAGGAGGUGGCAGAGGAGCAGAUCAUCGACCUAUUUGGAGGAGAAUUUCUACCAGCACCUUCACCAUCGCAGCCCAAUGAACGGCCGGGACAGUCUCUUCUCGACAUGGACUUUGAUGCUUUUGAGCCAGAUGAAAGUGUUUCGCCGAUACCACAGACAGCUGUGCCUUGGGAUAUGUGGUCGGCAAACUCCCAAACAGCUGAGCCUGCUGCAGACACUGGCUUCGUCGCAGACUGGUCUGCUGACUUUGGUUCAUUGGCAGCAAAUGGAGAUGCUGCAGUAGUAGCCAAGGCCCCUGCUGUAGGGCUGGAGGGGGCUGAGGGCGGUGCUCAGGAUUGGGCACAGGAUGGAGUGCAGGAUGGGGAGCAGGCAGAUGGCUGGCAGCCAGCUGCUGAUACAGCAACACCUCUUCAGGACAGGGAGGCAGCCACAACAUCUGAAGAUGAGGUUAGAGGCUGGUACUCUGAAACUAACUCCAACGUUCAUCCCUCUGCAUUCAGAGGCAAUGAAGAUGAGACAGGUCAGGUAGAUUCAGAGGGAGAUGCAGUAUGGCAGGAUGACCGCAGGAAGUCCACCCCAGGACUUAUAUUUACCAACGAGUAUGGUGAAUUGAUUGAGCACAGUACAGAGGACAGAGCAGACAACUGGUCCAGGUCUCCAGACGGGUCGGGAUCCGAGUAUGAGACCGCUGAGGAGUGGGCUGAUGGGGGUCAGGUGGGAGGCUGGGCGAGUGCCGAUGAUGAGCUUUCAUAUGACAACCAUUCCCCAGGGAACAUCUCAGAUGGGUUAGGAUUUUACGAUUUUGGAGCAGCAGAUCAGUCUCAAAGUGUAGAAGAGGUUUCAUCAGUGGGCAAAGAAUCAGACAGAAACUUUCCAGCUGAAGAAGAACUGCCAGAUAAACCAACUGAUCUUACAUCACUAUACACAGAUCGUUCUGAAACUCGGAGGGAAGGUGCGUUUGAUAUAGAUCCUUAUGCAGAUAAACAGGAAGGUGCGUUUGAUUCAGAUCCUUUUGCCGAAACACAGUUUGGAGACAAGGCGGGGGGGUUUGAGUUUGAUCCCUUUGCGGAGACUUCAGGAGAAGGUGCAGUUGGGAGUGAAUGGGAUUCAGACCCUUUUCCCAACAGUUUCCCAGCAGCCUCAGGGACUGAGCGCCGAGCCUCCAACACAACGUCUUGUCAGGAAGUUAGUCACAGCAGUGACUUCGACUCUCCUUUCCCCCAACAAAACUCUGCAUCUGCAGCUCUUUCUGGAACAGCAGAAGGAGUUAAAGAUUUAAACGUUACCAGAAUUCCCAAAGAACCAGAAAAUUCAGACAUGUCCGAAGACGAGGCUGCGAACCGGAGAUUUGGAAAGUUGUACCCAGAGCUAGAUACAGAAAAGGAAGAGGCGGCCAAUGCAUUUAAUGGAUUUUCUCAGGAUGCCACUGCAACAUCAUUUUUUGCGGAUUUUGAUAAGAUGAAUGAAGUUAACCCUGAAUCAACUGAGGCUACAGAAACAUCACAAACAGAAGCUGCUGAAGUAAAAGACAAGCCUGCAGCUCCCUCUGCUGGAGAAAUGAUAGAUGAACCUACAGUUCCCCUUGCUGCAGAAAAGCUAGAGGAACAUACAGCUCCCCCUGCUGGAGAAAAGGUAGAGGAACAUAUUGCUCCCCCUGUUGGAGAAAUGAUAGACGAACCUGCAGCUCCCCCUGUUGGAGAAAUGAUAGACGAACCUGCAGCUCCCCCUGGCGGAGAAAAGGUAGAGGACCAUUCAGCUCCUCCUCCUGGAGAAAAUGUGGAAGACCAUGCAGCUCCCCCUGCUGAAGAAAAGGUGGCGGACCAUGCAGCUCCCCCUGCUGGAGAAAAGGUGGAGGACCAUGCCGCUCCCCCUGCUGAAGAAAAGGUGGAGGACCAUGCAGCUCCCCCCGCUGGAGAAAAGGUGGAGGACCAUGCAGCUCCCCCUGCUGGAGAAAAGGUGGAGGACCAUGCCGCUCCCUCAGCUGGUGAAGAAGAUUCAGCAGAAAGUUCUCGCAGCCUUAAGGAGAAACCUGAUGCAAUGGUUGGUUCUUCAGACUCUGAGAAGGCAGAACGUAGUGAGACUUGUCCCGUUGACAAAGACAAAACAACUCCAGAUGAAGCAGCUCUAUCGGAAAAAAUGCCGAUCCCCUCUGUGGUGAUUGAGCCUGCUUCCAGUAAUGAAGGUGAUGAUGACCGUGAUGCUGACAUCAUCUCUCCCACUGCCAUUAGUGACAAUGGUGUGACAGCUGGAAACCCCGUUAUAAAACACAUGAGUCCGUCUGGGGGGGUGAUGGGACUCCCUGAUGACUUUCUCUACAAGGUGGAGACGAUGCAUGACUUUGAGGCUGCUAAUUCAGAUGAGCUGGAGCUAAAGAGAGGCGAUGUGGUGUUGGUGGUUCCCACUGCGUCAGUGGAGGAUCAGGAGGCCGGCUGGCUCACAGGGUUCAAAGAAAGUGAAUGGCUGACACUCGGCACUGGUGCUCACAAAGGACUUUUCCCAGAAAACUUCACUCAGCGUCUUGAGUAAAAGUCUCUUCCGAUGGUGUUAAGAAACGAGCCGAAGCUGAAGUAAAAGCCGUCCAGUCAGCAUAUAGCAAACCCCUGAGGAAACCUGCUGAAGUGGUCUGCUGGACAUCAAGCUUUCUCUGGUAGAUGAAACUCUACAAUCUACUGAAAAUAACUUUCAAAGUAAUAAAAAGUAGAACUAUUCCCAGCAUAACUGAAAACUAAUAAGCAUGAUGUGAUAGUAUGGUCUACCCUUCUCUGGAAUUGAGAUGUUUUUUAUUGUUGUUGUUGAGAACAAAAAGAUGUAUGAUUUAAUGGGAAUGUUGCAGUCUCUACAUGUACACACCUACAAAAAGCAGGAAAGGUGUUUCUGAAGAAAAAAAAAGAAAAGCUAACCUUUUGCACCCAGUGUGUUGUACUGAUUUAGUUUCUCUGCUGGAUAAUAUACCAGAAUCUAUAGUGCUGUGAUCUAUAUAAAUGUUCUUGAGUGUAACAUGAAACUCUUGAGUUUUGUUUUUCAGACAUUUCAUAGCUGUUACUACGUGUAUUUCUGUAAAAUCACGGUUGAGCGUAUGUGGUAUCUUUUCUUUGGCAUAUUUGGUGAUGAAUUAAGUUGCUGUGUUUUAGCCAAAAUAAUGUUGACAUUUAUCAUCUUAGCAUUGGCAAACAAACCGAGCACAUCCAGCAUGCAUAGGGUUUUAUCUAAGUCAGUAUUCAAAGAAGGAAGAAAUAAAAUAUCUGCCCCUGUUAAAAUGUUUAUAGUAAAGCUGUAUCAUAAAAGAUAUGUUAUGAAAAGUCUAUUUGCAAGAAAUGGAACCAACCAGAAGACAGUUCAAUCUCAUCAGUGUAUGGUCAUAGGGAAGGUAUUAACAAAUGCAAUAUGCAAUCUGUAUUGUUGCUAUAUUUCAGGUCUCCGUAGUCCAUGAGUCGCUUAGAUCAACAUUGAUGAUGUCACUUCCUUUGAUAGUAAAGUUACACUGAAAUGUAAACCGUUUUUGUGAUGUACAAACCAUAAACAUUUAUGUCAAGAUCAAUAAAAAAGACUUCAUGAGGU